AAUAUGUAUAUUUUUGUUUAUAUUUAAAAAAAAAAAAAAAAUUAAUCAAAAAUAUUCUUAAAAAAUUAUGAGUAAAAGGCCUAGAACAGAACCACCUCACGGCCCAGAAGACAUUUGGGGUGACGAUUUUACUUGCGAUGAAGUUAACUCUAUUGUUAAUAUUGAAACAUUAGCGUCUCAAUCAUAUUUUCCUGUUCAACCUGCAGAUCAAGUGAAGCAAACGAAUAAUCAAAUUAGAGAAGGUGAAAUAAAAAAUUUGAAAAUGAAAAUAAAUCAAUUAGAAAUUCAAUUAAGUAAUACAAAACAAGAAAAAGAUGAUAAAUUUAAAACCAUGAAAAAAAUGAUCGAUUGUAAAGACACUGAACUUAAAUUCCAGAAACAAGAAUUGACAGCUCUUAAAAAUAAAAUAAAAGAAAUGAAUAUUAAUGUGAGCAAAAUUAUUCCUCAAAAAAAUGUAUCAUUUAGUUGUAUGAAAACUGGAAGCAAUUCUAAAUUAUUACAUAAUGCUUCAGAACACAACAUAAAAAGAAAUGUAUCGACUCAAACUUUACAAACUAUUAAUAAUGAAUAUCAUACAAUUCUAAGAAGUAACUAUCCAGAAGUAAAUAAACCAUAUGAAAAAUUGAAAAAAUGUUUGUACCCAGACUUAUUUGAUGACCAACAAAAUGUAAAAGGUUUAAAAAAUGUAAGUACAAUACAAGAAUGUCAUUUAAUUUUAGCCAAAUUGAUGGUAUUAGAAACUAUUGAUGAAUGUCAAUCUUAUUCAUUAAUUAAACUGUUAUUUGAAAAUUGUAAAUUUAUUAUAGAAUCUACAAUUCAAACAAUUCAGAAUACAAUAGAUAAUACCGAUUUUGUUAAAAGGGAAAAAUUACUAGUUUACAGCUAUUUAAAUUUAAAUAAGCAAUGUCCUUCAACGUUUGAUUUACAAUUUUCCCAUUUAUUGGAAUGUAUAUCAGAACUAACUACUAUUUCUAACAUUGUUCCAAAAAUUGUUCUGGACGAAAUUAACAUAUUUCAAACAUUUGUACAAUUUUUACAAAUAAUUGGUUCACAAAGCCGAACUCUAGAAUAUGUUUCUGUAAUUAAAACAUUAAUAAAAUUUUUAACAAAUAUUUGUAAUUGUAAUUGGGAAAUACCUAAACAAAGGCAAUUAGAAAUUUUUGAUACUAUAAAAGAAGUAGUAUUCAGUCGCCCUUGUAUUGAAAUUGUACAAGAACUAAUAAAUUUGUUAAGUAAAGUUUCAAUAUACCCUAUGAUAACAGACAGCUUAUGUCAAGUAUCUUGUCCAAAGACAUUUAUUUUAUCAGAAAGAGUUGGUACAUUUACAACAGGUAGACAUUUUUCAUAUAUCAUUAUUUAUUUUAAAAAUAAUUUUAAUUUUACUUUAGAUACAUGUGUUUUACGAAUCUUAUGUCUUCAACUAGAACUCCUUAAUAAACACAGCUAUCAUCUUAUUACAAACUAUUUAUACUUUGUGAAUACACUUUUAAACAGUACACAUAUACCCAGAUGGAUGUGUAAAAUGCCAAAUAAAACAUGUGACUGUACUUCAUCUUUUAUAGAGUUGACAAUAGAUUUUUUAUACGUGGUAUUCAAUAUUUAUGAAAAAGAAAAAGAAUCUUUCAAUACUGAUCUUUUGAGGUCAACUGAAGAAAUCAUUAAAAAUAGUUACUCUAUAUUAUAUCGUUUGGGAAAGUUGGAUGAAGAAUUUCGUAGUCACAUUAGUAAAUGUAAAGGACGUUAUGAUGUCAUUGUUUGGAAAAUUCAAAAACUUGAAUUUGACAAAUCCAACAAAUUUUUAAUGAAAGAAUUGAAGAAAUUUGAAUUCAAGUCAUUAACUCAUAGUCAAUAUUGUUCUUCCACAAAUUAUGAAGUAUUUCCAAUUGAUGUACCAAUGUUCACAGAAAAAUCACAAUGCCAAUUUGACGAACCUAAUAAACAAAUUUGUGAAAUUAGUCAUACUAAAUGAUUUAUAAGAUCAUAAAGAACUGUACAUUAUGUGAGGUGGUGGUUGUCGUUCACCCAAACAAUUUUCUGGACAUUUAUAGCUAAGAUGGCCUUCUUUGCCACAUUCAUAACAAGAAGUUUUGUC